AUGAGCGGGGCACCAUUUAUCCCGGAGCUACCUCUUGGUACCGUCGAGACGGGUGGUGGCUGGGGCGUGGGGGAACAGUUUGCGCGACUCCCUCCCGCGUCUGUGCAGGCCGAGUCUCGCACUCCGGUGUACACGGUGGCACGAGAGAGGAGCGGUGACAACAACAACGACUCUGACGAGGACUCCGUUACCCAGGAGGGGUCUGCAGGAGUGGAGGCGGCGGAGGCAGAGCCCGUGCCGACGACACAUUACAGAAAACUUUCUGCAGAGGACGACAACACGUUUGUAGAUCAUGGUAGCGCGGCAUCUUCUGCGCCUAUUAGGAACGAUGCUCUCAACGCCGGAAAUAUCAGGGCCUCCGAUAGUGUUAGUGAUUCCCGCUGUGGUAGAUCUUCAAAUCAGGGCUUAAUCCCAGCACCCUCGCUGCAUGUGAAGUUUCUACGCCCAGUAUCACGCAUGAUGGCAGAACUUCCGGUGCGGGCAAUGGUCGUGGCGCCUGAUAGUGCAUCUCUGUGGGUUGCUUUUGGUGAUGACCCCGUUACCAUGUUAGACUUUAAGGGAUCAGAGCUCAAUAUUAGCCGAACAGUGGACGUCACUCAUGUACACGCCAUGACGGUGGUUCGUGUACCGGCGGCAAAGGUGGUGACGUUUAAACCGCCAUCUCGCGCGGUGCAUCAUCCCAGCCAUUUAGUUGCGUCCAAGCCGCAGUUAUAUGGGGAGGAUGAGUCAGACACGUACGUUCUGUGGUGUGGUAUUACUCGUGGAAGCAUUGUAAUCGUAGAUCUCACGAAUUUUAGUAUGUCAGGUGUUAUUAAAGGAGCACAUGCACAGACAAUUAGUGGGCUCUGGCACCUUGGCACUGGCAAGGUGUGGACUGCCGGUUACGAUAAGGCGCUAAAGGUAUGGGAUCCACAAACUCGUCGUCGUUUGAAGAGCCGAAACAUUGCCACCAUCAUUUCGGAUCUUUGUUACGUGCGUAGCUGUAAGCAGGUGUGGACGAUCAGUGAUGACACGUACAUUCGCGUGUUUGACGCUGCCGGAAAUAAUGUGCAGCUGGCAAAGCCGUCGUCAGAUAAACCGGAGAAUACUCUUCGCAUGCGAAGUGAGAUGCGUUUUAUCUCCUACUAUGAACCCGCUAACCUCGUCUAUGUUGCGCUCACGCGUAGCCUCGCCGCCAUUGAUCCAACGACGUGUGAAAUACCCAUCAUCAUCAACGCCAGUAUUAGCUCCAUGACGUUCAUGGAUAAUACGGCUUUUGUGACCGGAUAUGGUGAGUGGCUGCAGUGCACGAAGGAGGCGAUUGGCCUCAUUGACCUCAGCGAUCCCUAUGCACCGUCACUACUCUUUCGCGGAGGUCCACUGGGAGGAAGCGUGACCCCCGUCGGGAUGGGACUUCUCACCGCCGUGCCUUUUGCUGUAGCAGCUCAUGAGGCGGGGCGGUCAGAGCGCAUUCUCUCAGUGUUCAGUUAUGAGGACUCCAAGGCAUUCUGCCGAAGUGGAAUUGUCGCGUCGGUUCCGCAGCAGCGCAAGGUUACUCUCGACGGCCCGAGCACGCGGCGCCAAGUGACCGCGAUGCAGCACACGGUUACUCCCUCUGCCGCCGCUGCUGCUGCUGCUGCUGCCGCUGCCGCCGCCGCCGCCGCUGCCACGUCAACUCCCUUCUCGUCAAUGUUGCCGUGCCCGGUCGCGUUUUCCAGAGGCAAGCGGAAGCCACUGACGCGCGAGGAAAGUAACGUUACCAGUGUGCCUCCACACCGUGCUUCUGUGGUCUUUUCAAGGGUGGAUGGUGGUGGCGGUGGUAACAACAACAGCACGCUCACCUUCUUCCCCAAUACGUAUACCUCAAGCAACACCAAUAACAACAAUAGACACGUCUCCGUCGCCGCCACCAGUGCUGUCAACAGCAGUUAUAAUCACAGCGCUACCCCUGCCAUAGGGACGAACACCGCUAACCAUCCAGACUACAGUGGCAAUAUCCACAAACAUAGCUUCAAUGGUGGUAUGGAGCGAAACAUCGCGGUACAGCUUACGACACCCCCAGAACUGAUGGCAUCUCUAAAUAACAUUGAAAAGAAAACGGAGGAUCUCAAGUCAUUGCUUGCUCAACUGCACGCUUCACGUCCACUGCUAGAUGACUUCUCCAAGUUGCACGCGUUGGUCUCUCGCAUGGCAAUGGACAACCAACUAGGACCCUGCAUGGAUGCAGAGGAGUUGGAAACCAUUGAUAGGGAAUAUCAAUCUCUUGAGGGUCGCGUCAUCGCCACAGCCGUGGAGCGUCUGCAUAAAAAUGCAGCUGCUUCACUUUUGCCUGCUUCACCGAACUUCACACGCCUCCGUGACGGCAUUGAACGACACGACAAUGCUGGCAGUCGACCAGCCACACCACAACUCGCGUCAGAUAAGCGUCCGCACAGUGUGGCAGAGAUAAUGAGUAGUGGCAGGUUAGAAGAGACGAGUAGUGUUGGGGGCUCGGAGAUUCCACCCGAAUCGCUGCUGCGCUGGGUUGCACAAAUCACGAGAUCUGGGCAGGGCGAGAGAGAGUCCCACCGACGACAGCUAGAAACUUUGCAGCGUCACAAUACACGGAUUGUGGAGCGCAAUGCCGCACUUAUUAAUGGGAUCACUCGCAUAGAACAGGCUCUUCGCACACACGCACAACGAUUUCUUGAGGACGCGGACGCUGCUGUUGCUGUGGUUUCAUCAGAUGCCAGCUGUGAUUCAUCUGGUCACGUGUAUGCUCAGCGGCAUAUUCAGCUUCUUAAUCAAUCACUGCACCAGAUUGAAUCGGUGUCAGUCUCAAGUUCCCCCAAGGAGAUUACAGAGUUGACGAGAAGCCUUGUAACACUCGUCUCCCGGCUAUUGUCCGCACAACAGUUUAUGCACGGUGAAGACAGCGUACGACGUGCCCCCUACGAUUCCACAAGUGGAAACGCAAAUAAUGAUGCAGGUCUAGACACAACACGCGUGUUGCUUCAAAGCGGCGGCACUGUUUUAACUGGACAGUCGUUCUCUCCAAGAGCCACCACGAUGACUGUGUUAGCUAUGCGACCGCAGCGAAUGCGGAACCUCGUUGAGGAUCAAAUUGCCUCUGUGGAAGAAUUUGUGAGGGAUGUUGGGAGAUUCUGGGGAUGCUUGGAGGAGACGCAGAAGCUUAUAUACGUUCCAUACGAGGGUGGAAAAAAACCGGACCUUUUUCAGGACAUUAUGCAGUUUGGCGUCCUUUGGCACUUGCGCGAGGCUCAGGUUAUGGUGGAUGUCUGUAGAAAAGAAUCCAUCAUGGUGAUGGCGGAGGUUCUUUUACCUGCUAUUGAGAGCAAAGAGGACGCGGUAGAUGACACCGUGGUUGGCUCCGCAUGCGACAACACCGUUUUCUUCGCCUCGGAGAAGGUGACCCAUAAUGCCCUCGAGAACCCCAACGGUGGUAGUGUAACUGCGAAGAACACCAACAGCAACCUCCGACCACCCACUAGCGGUGUCGCUGAUGCGGUACGAAGCGACUCGGCACGUCUAGUUAGCAUAGGUCUUGAGCUGGAGUCAGUCGCCUCACGCAUUCGUGAGUCACUUAAAGAGUCAGGGCGAAACCUUCAAAAUGGAAUUAAGCGGGAAUCCGUUGGGGGGUUCUUCUUAAUUUCGAAUGAGAAAUUUCUUGUUGACGCCACAAAACUGCGUGGGAUGUUGUACUGGGAGCGCGUCUCAAUGCACCUACUCUACGAAUGCCUUGAGUGUCUUGAGGAGCUUGUGUUCCACUGCGAUGAGCAACCGCGUGUGUUUUGCAAGGACAACUUUAAAGCCUUGGAACAGCAGGUGGUUGACUGGCGCGAAUUUUUGGAGGAUGUUCACGAGGAAUCCACACAGCUGCGCUCUGUAAUUCUGUCGUCUCAGCAUGAAGGUGGUGCAGGUCGUAUGUCAACAACAACGGCGGGGAGUUCGGUCGGCUUCACUCGUAGUGCUUCGUUGGGCUCGCGGGAACUGAGUCGUAAUGGGGAUGGUGAUACGAUUAGCCCAGAGCGAAGUGCGCAGUGGUUAAUGCUUUUUGGACUUUACGUGCAGUACAUCGAGAGAACGGACGUCACACCGGUGCUGUUUGCAUCAAAUGACUCCCGCGACACUGUGACUGCGGCAGACUUUGGGUUAAUGGCGCUACUUGACGAAUUUGCCGAGCUAGUGGAGACGGUGCGUGCGAAGAGUGCAGCGUUACUGCGCUAUUGUCAGAAGAUACAAGGUCGAAUUGCCCGCAUCGUGGAUGAUGUGGUAGUGAAUGAGGAUACGGGGCAGGUGUUCGUUCCAGCGUGUCGCGGAGGUCCCAUCACUGAGCGGUACUGCAAAGGGUUUUGCCACGAUAUGAACUGA